CGGUAAGAGAGGGGACAGUUCUGAUGAUGGCGUUUCCUUGUCACCCUGAUAAGAGCAAGAGCAAGUGAUGUCAGCUAAGUGCUCCAGACAGUGAUCUCGCGCUGAUGAGGACGUGUGCGAGUAAAAUGCGACAGUGCAGUCACGCCGUUAUCGUUGAAUAGGCUACAUCUGCUGUGCGCUUUGGAGGAAAAAGGUAAACUACAUCAUCGACAGUCUGGCGUAAGUUUGCUGUAAGAUUUUCGCAAGUGCUGAAUAGGAAUCGACUCUGGGAGGGGUUCUGUCUUAUUCUCUGCUUAACGAGCUCUGUAAUGUCCUGUUAAUUUUGUGUGUACUAGUUAAUGAGCAUUAAUCGGGUACCCCUGGAUGCUAUUGUUCUGGGGAUGUCCAUUUGAAUGCAAAUGGGUGGCAGUUUAAAAGCAAGGUGCUUAUUAAACUGGUGCGUGUCCUGGCUUCUGUGGAAUUCAGCAGGAGUGGACGGGGCGGCUGGUCGAUGCUCACACCAAGUUGGGUAGAAAUGGCGAGCUCUCUUCCUCUGGAAACAGUGAUGUCCUGCCCGAGACUAGACGACAGGAGCGGGGCCACAGCGGCACCUAAGUCCCUGGCCUUUUCCAUCGACAGAAUCAUGUCCAAGACGUCGGAACCAAAAGCCGCCUCCGCGGAGGAGCGCCGUGGAGGACUUGAGGGAUCCGAGGGGAAGAAGACGGUCGGCUUGUGUACGCCGAUUCCCUGCAUGAUCCCGAUCCAGCCGUUCAGCUACGACCUGCAGGCCAAGGCAUUAAUGAACUAUUCCGAGUUUUGGAAAGUUAAUUUCAGGGGAGCACUAUGCACUUCAGCAGCCAUGUGUAAAGCCAACUGCGGCGUCUGCAGUAAAACGGACGCGGGAACCAAGCAUUCGGUGUUGCCGGGUAGCAGGGUCAUCAAACCGCAGGUGAUACACCAAGCGCUGGCCAUGCCCACUAACGGAUCCUUGUGUUAUUUCAAUUACUUGGACUCGGCUUAUCAUCAGUCCGAGCUGCUGAGCGGACAUUUAUUUUCCUCAGCUUUCGCGAACUCUCAAGCACAUGCCAUUAGCGCGCAUCAGAAGCUCCUCUUGUUGGAGAACGCCAAACUUGCGUGCGUUUCACCCGAGAAAUUCCCCACACCUCAGUACCCACAUAAAGAGCAUCUGCCAGGGCAGCUGGACCAGAUUGUGCGGGAGAGCCACAAUCUGACAGAGAAGAACGGAGUGAAAGCGCACACCAAAACGAAUAACUGUUCUACUGACGGGAAACCCAAGAACUUCACGUGUGACGUUUGUGGAAAGGUUUUCAACGCGCACUAUAACCUGACUCGUCACAUGCCGGUACACACGGGCGCGAGGCCGUUCGUGUGUAAAGUAUGCGGGAAAGGUUUCAGGCAGGCCAGCACGUUAUGUAGACAUAAAAUUAUUCACACACAGGAGAAACCUCAUAAAUGUACCCAGUGUGGAAAAGCUUUCAACAGAAGCUCAACUUUAAACACACAUAUCCGAAUUCAUGCGGGCUACAAACCAUUCGUCUGUGAAUUUUGUGGAAAGGGCUUUCAUCAAAAAGGGAAUUACAAGAAUCACAAACUGACCCACAGCGGCGAGAAACAGUACAAGUGUUCAAUCUGUAGCAAAGCCUUCCAUCAGAUAUAUAACCUCACGUUUCACAUGCACACGCACAAUGACAAGAAGCCCUUCACCUGUGGGACCUGCGGGAAAGGCUUCUGUAGGAACUUUGACUUGAAAAAGCAUAUAAGGAAAUUGCACGACAACAUCAGUUUAUCCGGCGGCAAUGACUCUUCCAGAGGACACCAAAACUGAGACUCCACCAGUUUUUGACUGAGCUUGGACAACUGAUGAACAGCACGAUUUUUUUGUGGUGCUUUAACAUCUUCCACCGAAAUGAACGACGAUGGACGGGACGGGAGAAAAUCAUCACAUCAUCGAGGAAUUGUACAUAAAACAGAAUAAAAUAUUAUUUAAUAAACCACUGCCAUACGGGGCUACCAAGCAAUUAUUUGAAAACUAGAUGAAGGAAAAGCGUUUUAUAAAUAAAUGCAACCUAUGUGUAAAAAUAAAUGUUUGAUAAAUUUGUACAUUUGUUGACGCAGUAAAGCGAAUAUGCUAUAAUAAAAUCCUAACUACAACAAUGUUGGAUUGAUUUUUUUUUUUUCAUUUGUAGAAAAAAAAACGGGUUUACCAUUCAUAUUUAAAA